CGGCUGCGGCGGGGGGCGGUGCAGUCACCGGCCCCGGCCCUGCCCGGCCCCUGCCCGCGGCCCCGGCCCCUGCCCGCGGCCCCCGGCUCGGAGCGGCGCCCGCGUGGAUGGGAUGGAAGCGGGACCCUCGGGAGCAGCUGCAGGCGCAUACCUGCCACCAUUGCAGCAGGUGUUUCAAGCGCCGCGUCGGCCCGGGAUAGGAACCGUUGGGAAGCCCAUCAAGCUCUUGGCCAACUACUUUGAAGUGGACAUUCCCAAGAUUGAUGUGUAUCAUUAUGAAGUGGAUAUCAAACCCGACAAAUGUCCGCGCAGAGUCAACAGGGAAGUUGUGGAGUACAUGGUACAGCACUUCAAACCGCAGAUCUUUGGCGACCGUAAGCCAGUCUACGAUGGGAAGAAGAACAUCUACACUGUCACGGCCUUACCCAUUGGAAACGAGCGGGUUGACUUUGAGGUGACGAUCCCAGGGGAAGGCAAGGACAGGAUAUUUAAGGUCUCCAUCAAAUGGAUGGCCAUCGUGAGCUGGCGCAUGCUGCACGAGGCCCUGGUCAGCGGGCAGAUCCCUGUCCCCCUGGAGUCCGUCCAGGCGCUGGAUGUUGCCAUGAGGCACCUGGCUUCCAUGAGGUACACUCCCGUCGGCCGCUCCUUCUUCUCCCCCCCCGAAGGCUACUACCAUCCCCUGGGAGGCGGCAGGGAGGUCUGGUUCGGUUUCCACCAGUCGGUCAGGCCUGCCAUGUGGAAGAUGAUGCUCAACAUUGAUGUGUCGGCCACCGCGUUCUACAAAGCCCAGCCCGUAAUCGAGUUCAUGUGUGAGGUGCUGGACAUCCGGAACAUCGACGAGCAGCCGAAGCCCCUGACAGACUCACAGAGAGUGCGUUUCACCAAGGAGAUCAAAGGUCUGAAAGUCGAGGUUACCCACUGUGGGCAGAUGAAGAGGAAAUACCGUGUGUGUAACGUUACCAGGCGGCCGGCCAGCCACCAGACGUUUCCCCUGCAGCUGGAGAGCGGUCAGACAGUGGAGUGCACAGUGGCUCAGUACUUUAAGCAGAAAUACAACCUGCAGCUGAAAUACCCCCACCUACCCUGUCUCCAGGUUGGCCAGGAGCAGAAGCACACAUACCUGCCCUUGGAGGUGUGCAACAUCGUGGCAGGCCAGCGGUGCAUCAAGAAGCUCACAGACAAUCAAACGUCAACCAUGAUAAAAGCAACAGCCAGGUCUGCCCCAGACAGGCAGGAGGAAAUCAGUCGCCUGAUGAAGAACGCCAGCUACAACCUGGAUCCGUACAUUCAGGAGUUUGGGAUUAAGGUGAAAGAUGAUAUGACGGAGGUGACGGGGAGGGUCCUGCCGGCGCCCAUCCUGCAGUACGGAGGCAGGAACCGGGCCAUUGCAACUCCCAACCAAGGCGUGUGGGACAUGCGAGGGAAGCAGUUCUACAACGGCAUUGAGAUCAAAGUCUGGGCGAUUGCUUGCUUUGCCCCGCAGAAGCAGUGUCGAGAGGAGGUGCUGAAGAACUUUACAGACCAGCUGCGCAAGAUCUCCAAGGACGCAGGGAUGCCGAUCCAAGGCCAGCCCUGUUUCUGUAAAUACGCCCAGGGUGCAGACAGUGUGGAGCCCAUGUUUCGACACCUCAAGAACACCUAUUCAGGGCUUCAGCUCAUCAUUGUCAUCCUGCCAGGGAAAACACCGGUCUACGCUGAGGUGAAGCGCGUUGGGGACACCCUCCUGGGAAUGGCCACGCAGUGUGUCCAGGUCAAGAACGUGGUGAAAACCUCCCCGCAGACCCUUUCCAACCUCUGCCUCAAGAUCAACGUCAAGCUUGGCGGGAUCAACAACAUCCUUGUGCCUCACCAGCGCUCUGCCGUCUUUCAGCAGCCAGUGAUCUUCCUCGGGGCUGAUGUCACUCACCCGCCGGCAGGAGAUGGGAAGAAACCCUCCAUAACGGCUGUUGUGGGCAGCAUGGACGCCCACCCCAGCCGGUACUGUGCCACGGUGCGUGUGCAGCGUCCUCGCCAGGAAAUCAUCGAGGACUUGUCCUACAUGGUGAGGGAGCUUCUCAUCCAGUUCUACAAAUCCACCCGCUUCAAACCCACCAGGAUCAUCUUCUACCGUGACGGUGUUCCCGAGGGGCAGCUCCCGCAGAUCCUUCACUAUGAGCUCCUAGCAAUCAGAGAUGCCUGCAUCAAACUGGAAAAGGAUUACCAGCCUGGCAUCACCUACAUUGUCGUCCAGAAAAGGCAUCACACCCGUCUCUUCUGUGCAGACAAGAACGAGAGGAUUGGGAAGAGUGGGAACAUCCCAGCAGGAACAACAGUGGAUACAAAUAUCACCCACCCCUUUGAGUUCGACUUCUACCUGUGCAGUCAUGCAGGCAUUCAGGGUACGAGCCGGCCAUCCCAUUACUAUGUGCUCUGGGAUGACAACCGGUUCACCGCAGAUGAACUGCAGAUCCUCACGUACCAGCUGUGCCAUACCUACGUGCGCUGCACCCGCUCGGUCUCCAUCCCAGCCCCGGCGUACUACGCCCGGCUGGUGGCAUUCAGAGCACGGUACCAUCUCGUGGACAAGGAGCACGACAGUGGUGAGGGCAGCCAUAUAUCUGGACAGAGCAACGGCAGAGACCCCCAGGCCUUGGCGAAGGCUGUGCAGGUUCAUCAGGACACUUUACGUACCAUGUACUUUGCUUGAAAGCCUAACUUUUGUUACCUCACUCAAGAAAGCUUUCAGAUUUGUAGGAGCCAUACAAAAGAGGAAGCAUUGGGACACCUUGUUUUUUUUCCAAUGAGAAAUCACUGCAGGGCAGGCAGCGUCGAUUCGAGGCAGGAGACCAGCACCACGGGACAGAAAGAUCCAACACCUUUGUAGGAUUGGAAGAGACUGAUGAUUAUUUUUUUAAUUUUUCUGGCUUUGCAAAAUUUUGACCUGACCAAACACAUGAAGGCAUUCAAGGAAGGGAUAAAACUCCCAGGAGGCGGAAGCAGGUUUUCAUUUUUAAGAUGCAAUACUAUAGACUCCUGACUGUGAAAUGGCGGAUUUGGUCCUCCGUUGCCCACCAGGCGCUGGUAGGUAUUUUUUGUGGGGGUUGGGGGGAGGGGAUUUUUAGAGCCUUAAAACAGAAGACUAGAUUUAUAAAACUAAUAUUUUAGAAUAUGAGAUGCUUUAAUGGGUUAAGGGGAAAAAACAACUAGUUUAUAGGAGAAUUCUAACACUAACAGUUCCCCGCCCCCGAAUAAUUCCCCCCAUAUAAUGUAAGGCACCCUAGCACUUAGCUCAGAACUGAAAACUGUCUUCCUUGUGUUAAAAGCUAGUUAGCUGCUGCCAUUUGAAGCAACAGUCACAGACUUUUCCAUGGGUGAGUGCCUUACUAUGAUGCUGCAAAAUUUCAAUGUUUUUAAUCUUGUAAGGAAAAUAGUAAUCUUGUCUUGAUGGUGGUCCAUAUUUCCAUCGGAAGGAGUUAAUUUCUACGGUCCUAAGUUGCAGUUUGUGUUAGAUCAUGACCUCAUGGUGGUUAAACUCCAUUGAAAGAUGUGCACUUUCAUAUAGGACACGUUUAAUGGCUGCUGACCCAUUUUUGUUUCCAAUGUACUACUUGUUAUUUAAAACUGUUUCUGACAAAUGGGGGCAUCUUCAUCCCAUGAGGACGGAAAUCGCUAUCAAUUUUUUUUCUCUUUUUUUUUUUCCUGAAUUUUUAUGAUGGACACCGGGAUUUUUUUACUAAACAUUAUUUUUAUACGAUACUGAGUCUGUUGCCAAAAUACACAAGUCAUUAACAUUCUCAGAGUUUACAUCACCGCACUUCCUGAGGCUGUGUGCUCACACCAGAGAUUUCUAACGUUUCCUGUCCGAUGAGUGUUACCAACUGCAGUCCGUGCAGCGCCAGGUACUCCUCAGCACCCGUCUCCCAUGUGCGUUCAGCACAUGUCUGCCCGGGUCGGCUGCUUUCCGAAGUACCGCGUACCCCAACUCCAGCACCUCCAAACUGUCACCCUCUCUGCUGCUAGGUUUUGCUGCUCUUCGUGUCAUGGUAUCGCUGAUCUCAUGCACAGGGUUUUUUAUUCUGAAAGCACACCAGAUUUGUUCCUUAGUCAGAACGAUGAAAUCCUUGUUAUUGUCAUGGGGGAAACUCCUACUGAUCUGUGUUUGUAACAGGAAAAAAGCCUUUUUCCGAACAGUAACAUAGUGACUGCUUUUCGGACUCAUUUUGCUGCACAGAAUGACCGUUAUGCACAGCCGGGCAGUAGUAGCAACUCAUUACCAGUAUCAUGUGGGCAGAUUAUCUGGGUUUUUUAUAUGAAAGUGUGCACAGUGCUUCCUUCAAGAGAAAAAAAAUGACACGCACACUCCUACCAAGCUCUUAAAGGGAAGAGCUCUGUUAUCAUUUUACUGCCAAACGUGAACGCAUUUCCAAGGCAGAUCCACCACAAGCACUGCCCCUUGUCAGUACGCGUGGAUAGAAGCACACCUUUUUGUUUUGUACUUUCUGACGUUUAAACUUGCCUUGCCUUCAUGAAAACCACAUUGGUCAUGUUGGCUCAUUGAUCUGUCCUAACACCGGGAAUUCACUCUACCCGUUUUCUUUUUGGGCAACGUGUUUGUGAAAAAUGAAGACAUCAAUAUGCUAUGCAAACUAAGUGCUGAGCCCACUGAUGUCACGUUUUGUGAAGAUCCUACGUUUAGCACAGUCCUUUUUUUCCUCAAGACUACAGUAUUUGGUUCAUAUUCUCCUUUGCACCUUGUGUCAACCUCCACUGCUGUAUAUCUGCAAGGUGACAGGGAGGAGACCAGGAACUAUUCAUGGUCAGUAGGGUAGUGAACUCUUAGGAAGGCUUUUAGAGAGUAGGGAAUGCAUCAACACUAAGUGUCAACAUGAGAAGCCUACAUUCCUAUACACAAGUGCCUGCAUAGUGACACAAAUUCAGCACCUCUCCAUCUCAUCCUCAGAACUCUGGCUUGUGUUCAUUGAAAGCAAAAUGAUCUCAGAGGGGCUGUACCUGCUCACCUUGUGUUAGAAAGCCCCUCGCUAAGAAUCAAAUCGGGGUUAAGGUCAAGGUUCUCUCUGCAAAUCAGUUUGUUCACCAGCAUUACAAUGGAAAGCCCCUGGCUGCUGUUCUGCAGCGAGGGGCAAAGGUAUUUUGGUUUCUAGUUUUUAUUUUAGUGUUUUAGUUGGGUCUAGAAUUCUGAAAUGUCUUUUAGUAGCUGUGGCAUAGCACGUGCCAUUUUUAACCAUUUGAAAAGAGAUAGCGUGGGCAUUUACAGAAACAGCUUGUUGCUCUGUAACAAUUUUUUUUAACCUUGAGACUUGAAAUGUAAAAUGGACCUUUAAGAUUUGCACUCAUUUGUAAGGUGGCUGUUCAUAGAAAACUAUGAAUGAAGACUUGCUGAUGUAGCACCUACUUUUAACAGCAAUUUUAACUACACAAAAGCUUCACAGCUUCUGAAACUCUCAGCUGUUGACUUGCAGAUCGUGUUCUGCCCUUAUUUCACCCUCUGCGUUGGGUUUUCAUGGUUUUGAAUAAAUAAAAAAGCCAAACUCAGUAGCUGCUGUGCCCUUUAAACCCUGUUUCCAUUUUGAAGAAAUUUAGAAGGGGUUUGAGUUACCCGCAUGUUUUCUAUAAUGGACUAUGCACUGUACCUUCUACGCGGCUCCAGCAUUCAGCAUUUCUACCCUUUUCUUGUCCAAGAUGCAAAUGAGUAACUGCAUGUUGAGGUGCUGUGCAUUUUGCUACCCAUAGCGGAUAGGUGUUAACCCAGAUACUUAUCAGGAUUUGUAGUUAGCCACAAACCCCACACGGACAUCCCGAAUGGCUCCCGAGUCUCUGCCUUCUCCAUGCGCACGUGUUCCUUCUGCAACUGGAAACAUCGCCAGGUGCAUGCAGUUUUGUGGGAAGAGGAAUAACUUUCAUUUGCCUGUCAGUUGUUGAAUGCUGUUUGUUUCCCUUAUCUCACAUCUGAACAUAACGGGGGCGAGAGGGCAGAGCAGCCUUCUCCCCAGAGCUUCCAGGGGCGGUCGGGGUGUUCUGGUAUUUGCAAGCGUACGACCUGAUGUUUUAGUGUCAAAAAGCCCAAGCAUUCAACGUUGCCUCGCGGAAGGUUUUCUUCUUGGAAAAUCGGUGUGAAAUAAAAGAAUGUGAUUCUUUCAGGAAGGGAAGCCAGACAGCAGGACAGCAAUAAACAAGUGAAAUUCAUAUCUUGCCUGAGUGAUUUGCACUUCAAUAGUUGUGAAAGAAAAUUUACGGGACUCCAGUGCUUUUGUGUUCAAUUUCUAGCCCCUUUCAUACCUCCUUUAUACGAGCAAGUGUUGAAUUGUACAUAGGGUGUUUACAAGACACUCUGUUUGGGUUGUUAUUUUUCUUGUUGUUUUGGUUUUUGUUUUUUUUUUUUUGCUUUAGCUUGAACUCUGUAUGGUCCAUUUGUUAAAUAGACGUGAACAGUUGAUGUACAGUACUUACUAAACAAGCAGCAGCACAAAACUUAUUUUAUUAAGAAAAUAUGGCUUAUAUUUUAAAGGUUGAAUAUCAGGUUGGGUUUUUUUUUUUGUAUGCGUGGAAUUAAGACUGGUAAAGAGUAACAAAAUCCUUGGAUUAGGCCAAAAGAAAAUACUGUAAGAUCGUAACCACCUCUUUAUUAAAGAAAACGGUAUGAUUAAAGAGCUCCAGAACAUUGUAUUUAUAUUUGAUUUGAUUGCCUUUGUGGAUUUUUUUUUUUUUUUUGCCUUGGUCCUGAUUUUUGCUUGCAACUUUGACUUUGCAGUCCCAAGUAUCUGUUACCCUGUAACUGUUGGCAGAAGACCUAAAUAAAAGCAAUGUGAACAUGU